UGACUAACUAGAACGGCACCGGGCUCAGAGCGAAGCACACGCGUUUCCAAUUUCGUUGUGUUUUUGUAAAUAAACAAAAUUAAAAAAUACGAAAGCGCAACGAACGGGGAGGGCGGUACAUAAAGAGAGCAGAGCUAAAACAGAAUCUUCUCUGCCCAGCUGAGUGUUUUCGUUGCGCGAGUGCUCUCCAACUAAUUCAAUUUAAUCAUAAUAUGCAGUGCAUGGUACUUAAUUAAAGCUACUGAGGAACUAACCUGUCGCAGGCGUACUAGUCGAGUCACAAGCAAUGGCAGCAACCGGCGGAACAGCAGAAGCAGCGCCACAAACGCUGGGCAAUGGAAAUGCGGGUGGACAUGUAGCUGGAGGUGGCAUCGCCGCCGAUUCCGCCAGCGCCGUUUUCGAGGAGAAGCUCAAGCAGGAGGAGAAGGCGUGUGCUGACGAGCCCAACGAGAUCACGGCUGUGCCGCGCUACGGCCUAAAGCUGAAGUUCGGUCAUGUGUGGCCGGAGCGGAGGAUCCAGAAUGUCCGCGCAUCCAUCCGGCAAACGCUGCCCAUGGUGCCCCUUGUCUGCAGAUAUGCGGCCUACUACUGGAAAGUGUCGCGUGAAGGUCGUCGAGUGUACAUGGACUACUAUUACAUGGAGAACGGAAAGCAGAUUUAUGGCGUGCCCAUCGGCGGGAUAGGCGGAGGCACCAUCGGACGGGGCUAUGCGGGCGAGUUCUGUCGCUUCCAGAUGCGUCCCGGCAUCUACGAGUACAAUGUGGUGCAGGCCAAUCAGUUUAUAGUGACCAUCAAGGAUCAGAAGGGCUGCACCAUCUUUCAGAGUCUACUCUCCAAGGGCAGCACCAUGUCCAAGGGCAACGGCAGCGAUCCGGAUGCCGAUGGGGAGAAAACUAAAUGUCAACUGCCCAAUUGCAGCAGCCGCCCCAAGCAGCCGCUGAGUGCCUGGCACUCCAACAUCGACGACGCCCGCUGCAGCUACACGGGCCUGUACCCGCGCUCCUGGACCGAGUACGAUCUCUCCCACUAUGGUGUUCGACUGGUGUGUCGCCAGGUCUCGCCGGUCAUUCCGCACGAGUACCGGGACUCCAGCCUGCCGUGUGCCGUCUUUGUGUGGAGUGUGGAGAACGUGUGCGACCAGGAGCGCAUAGUCUCCAUCACGUUCACCUUCAAGAACGGCACGGGCAACAAGAAGCAGGACGCCGAGGGCGGGGCCGAGUCGCAGCUGAUCAGCGCUGGCAAUGCCAAGGGCGUCGCCAUUCGCCAGAAGAUCGCCGACAUGCCGUGCAGCUACAACCUGGCCUGUCGCGUCCUCCCAGAGAUCAGCAUCACGCGCUGUCCCCAGUUCGACCCGGCUGGCAGCGGAGAGCAGUUGUGGGCUCAGCUGAAGGAGAACGGCCAGCUCAGUGAGCAGCCCACCGGGGAAACCCUGAAAACCAAAGACAUUGGCGUCGCUGUCUGCGCCCAACUAGCCCUCAAGCCCCAGGCCUCGCAUGAGCUAGAGUUUGUACUGGCUUGGGACAUGCCCAGGAUUCAGUUCCCCAGGAAGAUGCAGACACACACUCGCUACUACACCAAAUACUUUGACGACAGCGGCGAGUCGGGGCCCAUGAUCUGCGAGUAUGCCCUGAAGCAGUACCCCAGCUGGGAGCGACUGAUUGAUGCCUGGCAGCGGCCCAUACUUAACGAUGAGACUCUGCCCGACUGGUACAAGUGCGCCAUAUUCAAUCAGCUCUACUUUAUCUCGGACGGAGGAACCAUCUGGCUGAAGUGCGACUCUUCGCUGGGCAAGGAGCUGGCCUACGACGAUCCCCGGCUGGCCUAUGGACGCUUUGGCUACCUGGAGGGGCACGAGUAUCGCAUGUACAACACCUACGAUGUCCACUUCUAUGCCUCGCCAGCACUGGCCCAUCUCUGGCCGAACCUGCAGGUGAGCCUGCAGUACGACUUCAAGGAUGCCAUUGCAGCAGAGCUGAGCGACACCCGAAAGAUGCUCUACGACGGCAAAGUGAUGCCUCGCAAGGUCAAGAACUGUGUGCCCCACGAUCUGGGCGACCCCGAUGAAGAGCCCUUUACACUGAUCAAUUGCUACAACAUUCACGACGUCAACGAUUGGAAGGAUCUCAAUACCAAGUUUGUGCUGCAGGUCUACAGGGACUACUAUGUCCUCAAUGAGCUGGCCCAGUCCCAAGCGGACAAUGCCAGCAAGUUUAGCUCCAUUGAGUUCAUCGACAAGGAAAGCCUCUACGAAAUGUACACGCAGGACAACAAGCGCAAGAACUCGUCGGACGAGAAGCAGCAGAACCGCAAGUCUGCCUCCAUGUACAUCAACGAGACCAAUGGCAAGGUGUAUCUCAUGGAUGCGAUUGGCUAUCUGAAGGCUAUGUACGGGCCCUGCAAGGACAUAAUGGAGCGAACCAUUGAGUAUGACAAGGACAACGAUGGCCUGAUCGAGAACACCAAAAUGCCCGACCAGACAUACGACUCUUGGGUGAUGGACGGGCCCAGUGCGUACUGCUCGGGACUGUGGCUGGCCGCUCUGCAGGCAAUGUCGGCCAUGGCCACCAUUAUGGACCAGCCGAACGAUUGCCUCCGCUAUCAGGACAUCCUCGAGAAGGGCAAGCGAUCUCUGGAGGAGAAGCUCUGGAACGGCAGCUACUAUCGCUUCGAUCUCUCGCCCAGCCAUCGGGACACGAUUAUGGCGGAUCAGCUGUGCGGCCAUUGGUAUUUAAAGUCGUGCGGCUUUGACUACGAAAUCUAUCCCAAGGAGAAUGUGCGCACAGCUCUCAAGAGUAUCUACGACAACAAUGUGAUGGGCUUCCACGAGGGCAACAUUGGGGCGGCCAACGGCUUCAUAGCCAAUGCGGCUGACCCCUCCAAGCCGGGACAUGUGGACAACAGCAAUAUCCAAGCGGAGGAGGUGUGGCCCGGAGUGGUCUAUGCGCUUGCAGCCACUAUGAUACAGGAGGGCAUGUUCGAGGAGGCCUUCCAGACGGCCGGCGGAAUGUACAAAACCCUCUCGGAGCGCAUCGGCAUGAACUUCGAGACCCCCGAGGCCCUGUACGGCGAGAAGCGAUAUCGCUCCAUUGGCUACAUGCGGCCAUUGAGCAUCUGGUCGAUGCAGGUGGCAUUGGAGCGGCGCCGGGCGCUGCGCGACUAAGUCGAGAGCAAAAUCUAAACACCAGUCUAUUCACGUGCUACACAACCAAAGAUAUUUCUAAGCGAGCACAAAGAGGUUCUUAGCUUUUAGUAUAAUCUUUUUCGAGGUGGGGAACGUAACGAGCUUAGCGACGGCCACACAGAAAGAUGGAAGGUAGGCUAUCUGUCGGCGGUAGUGGAAUGGCAAUUGCAAUGGCGAAGAUGGUAUUCCAGUUCAUAAACAAUAGCUUUACAUAUAUGAAUUUCCAAGCUGCGAUCCGUUGGCUGCUCACUCCAUGUCUUCUCUAGCUAUAAAUCCACACACCAUUCAAUCUGCUACCCUCUGUUGAAGUACAACUACGAAAUGGUAUUCAAAUAGAGCACAAAACGUAUUUAAAUGUUAGCUAAGCAAAAUAUUUAAAUCCAUUAUAUGUAUGUAUGUCUGUUUCAAUUAAUUAUACAUGUCUUGAGCCAGCCUGUCUUUCAGUGUGUAAAUCGCUGCUGUCGCAGUAUUAAACUUAUCACGGCAUUAUUUAUUAUUGAUCUAAACUGA